AUGUCAGUGAUGCUAGACAACACCUCAGCCCGGCUCUUUCAGACUGCACGCACUGGAUUCCAAACCCGCUGCCAGCAGCUCAUUGACGACAUCCUACACAAUGACUUAUCGCUUGAGGAUGAACUCGGUGAUAGGGUAAGUCAGCUUCAUCUGUCAUUGGAACAACUUAAACGAGCCGGACAGAUGAUGGCCAUUGAUUGCUCGACAAAUGAGCUUGUGCGUGUUGUACCUAUUGGAUUUUUCACCGUUCUGAUCGACCGCCCCGGACAGAUCCCGAUGUCCGAGUUCGAUUGGGCCUGCAUUUACACCUCUGACACUUUGAACAUGCUGACCGCUGACUUUAUGCGCCACAGGGCCUCCGCUGAUGUUGCCCGCAACCUCGAGACUCAGUCAUUCCUCUGGGAUCUAGCUGUGCCGUUCCCGGUAACGAUUUCCCAGGCUGAGGAUUUUGCCCCAGAGCCAUAUGUCAAUGCUCUUCAGAUUCCUCCUGCUGCUAGUAUGGCUCGUAUGAACUCUCGGAUUCCGGUGAGGCCUCGCCCUCCUCCCCCAGUCGACACUUAUGUGGCUUAUAACCGUCCUGUUCCUGGUCCUUAUCCCCCUGCCUUGCCCCCACGACCUGUGCCUGAGUCCGAGCCUGUCUCCCCAGCAGGUGCUCACGCUCUCGGCCUUCAUAGAAAUCCCAGCAUGCGUCCUCGGUAA